AUGGGUAUUGUGAAGCUACCCUCUAUACGGGACUACUGGACCAACAGCAGGCUUCACAACUACCCGGUCUUCCCGCGGGCGAUGAGUGGAAAACGCUUCCUCGCCAUACUCAAGUACUUACAUGCAUUCAAUUGUUGUGCGGUGCCCCUGGGGAAUACUGACAGCCUCAUCAAGGUGCGGCCUGUGAUGGAGUAUCUCCUGCGGUUAUUCAAGUCUUUGUACACCCCGACACAGAACCUGUCACUCGACGAAGGCUCCUUGGGGUGGAAGGGCCGCCUCCACUUCAGGGUGUACAACCCCAUGAAGCCAACCAAGUACGCCAUCAAGGUGUACCUCGUGGCAGAGGUGUACGUGUAUGGCACACUUCGGCUGAUGAGGGGAGCACCGAAGAGGCUGCAGGACAUGGCAAAGCCACGGCGGCUGGCAGACUACGCGUUGGAGUCUAUGCACAGGAAUGGUGUGCAUGUCCUCAUAUGGAAGGACAAGAAAGCCGUCCCCAUGGUGUCAACCAUGCACACCAACGCCACCAAUGAAAAGACCCACCACGUGCUCCACACCAUCCAAAAACCUGUUAUGGUCGAAGACUAUAACCAGUUUAUGGGUGGUGUGGACCACUUCAACCAGAUGGAGAAGUAUUACCCUGUCCCUCGGCGUAGUACUAAGUGGACGAAGAAGCUCACCUUCUACUUCAUCCAGAUGGCCCUCUUCAACGCGCACACCCUCUAUAAGAAGUCUGCUCAUCGCCACAUGUCUCUCAAGGCUUUCAUGUCGGAGGUCAUCGAGAAGCUGCUAGACUACAAAGACGAGGAGUGGCCACUAUCGGGGGUCCCUAUCCGCCAUGCUCCUGACCUGCCCGCACACCUGCAAGCACCUAUGGAUCCCCGCACCCGGGUGGGUAGGGUACCAGCACCAGGCGCGGAGUAUGAAUUCCCGCCUUUCGCCCUCCCACCCUUUGAGAGCUUCACUGACGUCCUGAGGCAGCGAGGCGCUGCUGGCGGCCAAUCCCCCGUUCCUGUCCCCAGUCUCCUGAAGGAGAAUUACAUCAACGUCAUGCUUAUGGACAUAAUAGUGUACAUCACAACACCUAGUCUUUAA